AUGGGCUUCUCAUUCCGGGGCAAGACCUCGGAGCAGCCCAUCAUCGUGAGCGAGACGGACCAGGGCGUCUCGUCAGCUACAGACACCCCCGCGGCCGACCUGAAGAAGUUCAGGAAGCUCCACCAGUUCGACCCCUUCCUCGACCUCGACAAGCUCGACAGGGUCGACGAUGUCCUGGCGGCCGGCGACCCCGAGAAGGAGGCGGCCGUGGAGGAACAGCUCAUCAUCGAUGACUCUCCCUACCCCGAGGUCCGGUCGUCGGUCCCUCCCACGGAUGAUGUAGAGACGCCGGUCAAUACUGUUCGCGCCUGGACGAUCGGCAUGCUUCUAUGUACCAUCAUCGCGGCCGUCAACAUUCUGAUGGGGCUGCGCAAGUCGCCCGUGGUCAUCUCUGCCUCAGUCGUGCAGCUGAUCGCUUAUCCUAUUGGCCGUGGAUGGACUGCCGUCAUGCCGAACAAGGAGUACAGCCUGUUCGGCCGCAAGUUCAAUCUGAAUCCCUGCCCGUUCAACAAGAAGGAGCACACCAUAAUCACCGUUAUGACUGCAGCCGGCGCGGGCAGCUCAUACGCGAUCGACAUCUUGCUUGCGCAGGAGAUCUACUAUGGACAGUAUUUCCAGUGGGGCUUCCAGAUCCUCCUUAUCAUUUCGACCCAGGCGAUGGGCUACGGCCUGGCUGGUAUUAUGCGGCGAUUCCUGGUGUGGCCUGCUGCGAUGGUCUGGCCAAAUCAGCUUGUACCAGCAGUGGUCAUUGCUACGCUGCACAACCAUAAAACCUCAGACCCUUCCAAGACCAACGGCUGGCGCAUUGGGAGAUAUGCUUUCUUCCUCAUUGUUGCGGGUGGGACCUUCGUCUAUGAGUGGUUCCCCGUGGUCAUCGCCCAGUUCCUGGGCUAUAUCGGCCUUUUCCCGACUUGGGUCGCACCGAAUAAUGUCAUCGUCAAUCAGUUAUUUGGUGGCCUGAGCGGUCUCGGCCUGAUCCCUCUCGCCCUGGACUGGUCCAUCAUCUCGGGGUUUAUGGGCACGAGCCCUUUGAUGACGCCCGGCUUCUCCCUCAUGAACAUGCUGGCCGGUAUGGUCCUCGUAAUCAUCGGAGUCGCCGGCAUCUCCUGGGCUGGGCCGGAGUUUAUGCGAUACUUGCCUCUUGAGGCCAACGCCAACUUCGAUCACUUUGGUCAAAAAUAUGACGUGUCCCGGAUCCUCACUCCUGAAUUCACCUUUAACGAGACCGCCUAUAAGGAGUACUCGCCCCUCCUAAUCGGGCCCGCAUUCUCGCUAUCGUACGGUGUCGGCUUUGCUGGCUUGAUUUCAACGGUUGUCCACUGCUGUCUCUUCUACGGGGCCGAUAUCUGGAACCGUGCAAAGAGCGCCAAGUACGAAGAGCCUGAUAUCCAUCUGAAACUGAUGCGCAAGUAUAAGGAGGCUCCUGAAUGGUGGUUCCUGGCCACAUUCGCCGUGGCAUUCGCAUUCGCCAUGAUCUCCUCCCAGGUCUGGGACACUCACCUGACAUGGUGGGCGUUGAUCAUCUCCAUCCUCAUUGGCGUAUUCUUCACGAUACCAGUCGGCAUGCUCUAUGCCAUCACAAAUAACCAAGCCGGUCUGAACGUCAUCACAGAGAUGAUUGUGGGCUACAUGACACCGGGCAGACCCGUGGCCAUGAUGCUGUUCAAAAGCUACGGUUAUAUGAUGACAUAUAACUGCCUACAGUACACCAUGGACAUGAAACUUGGUCAUUACAUGAAAAUCCCGCCACGCUCAAUGUUCGCUGCGCAGUUCUUCCCAGUUCUCUGGCUGUCCAUUGUGCAGAUCGCAACCUACAACUUCCUCCGCGGGAACAUCGCCGGAAUUUGCACGCCGGACCAGCCGCAAGGCCUCACGUGCCCCAACGCGAAGACCUUCUUCAACGCCUCUGUCAUUUGGGGAGUCAUUGGACCGGGGCGCAUGUUCGGCGCCGGCCAGCUGUUCUCAUGGAUCAACUGGUUCUGGCUCAUAGGGGCCGCCUGCCCGGCGAUCCACUACUUGCUCGCGCGGCGGUACCCCCGCUCCUGGCUGCGGUACCUCUUCACCCCCGCCAUCUUCGGCGCCCGCGACGACGUGUACAACUACGUGCUCAGCGGCGCCCUCGACAUCGGCCUGGCGCUGACGGUCGUCAUCUCCGGCCUCGCGCUGGGCCUGUCGGGCAGCACGUUCCCGGACUGGUGGGGCAACACUGUGCCGUACGCGAACCUUGAUAUGAACAUGGGGGCUGUGACGAAGGUGCUGCCUGAUGAUGGGAGCUUCUUUGGCCCGACGACGUGGUAG